AUGGCAGAGAGGAAGCUCGUCACUGUCUCCGCGGCCAAAGGGUAUGCAGCUUUGAAGAAGACGCUGCAGCUGAUAGAGACCAAGGGCACGCCCAACCCCCACCGGGGGCGGCGCUUCCUCAUCAACUGGAGCAACGGGGAGCUCUGCGAAGCCACGUCCGAAGGAUCCUUGGUGGUGGCGGAUUUCUGCUGGAAGAACGUGGCGGGGGCCACGGGGAAGGGCAAAUGGCUGGUGAGUGUGGAUGGUGCCUUCAUUGCUGGCCAGUGGCGCCAGGACGGUGUGGCUGAGGGACCAUGGAGUUGGUACGGAAGGAGGAAACCAUCUUUGAGCAAUCCCUUGCCACCGGAAGCUGCUCUUUCUCAGAGUUCCCGUGAAGAGGAGGACUUUCGUGGACCGGCAGACCUUGCUUCCUCCAUCAUCACUGCUGCACGCAGUGUGGUGGCCACGGCCGGAGAUUUGCAGAGCCGAGAACUGCUGGCGCGACAGUGGGACGAAGCGGCACCGCAACAGCCCUCGGGCACCGGGGGUGACUUAGCGCCCUCUGCGGUGCUAAGGAGAAGUUGGCUCAGCGCAGGUGAGGAGCUGCGCAGCUGCUUGGGUCUCAGCGUCCAAGGUUUGGUGCCGCAGCAGAUUCAACAGCUGGGCCAAGUCCUGACGUUGCUGCUGCUGUUCGUGGUGAGUUUCUUCUCAGCUCGGGCAUUGAAUCUCGCUUUGGGUACCCCGGCUGAUGCUGUGACCUGGUCAUUCUUUGCGGCCUGCUAUGCGGUGGUUCUGGAUGUGGUGCUCCCCAGCCGGAAAGGCUUCCCUGGUUUCGCAGAAGAUCUCGAAACUCGACGAAAAUUUCUCCAGCAACUCCAACGUUGGGAGGAGAGCGGCGGCUUGCAGCGCUAUGGCUCGAUUCCCCGCGAUGAGUUGUUAGGGGCCGCCAGGCGUGUCCUGGCACCUGCGUCGCAAAUGUCGACGUUGCGUAAUAGUGAGAUUGAGGAACUGUUGAAGGUAUGGAACCCGGAUCUUAAACGACAAGUUCUUCGGAGUUCCCGGCUCUCCAAGGGUGCGAUGAUCACCUAUGAGAACAUCUCCAUGGUCAAGGGCAAGGAACCACGCAGCAUUUGGUGACGACCAGACCCAGGUGCUCGACCUGCCAGCCAGUGGUGUAACGUUGUGAACACCGGGAGCAGCACUCGUGAUGGGAAGAUAAGGUACUCAUA